AUGAAAGGGAGGCCAGACUUCCUGAGUCAUUUGACUGUGCAAGGCCCAUGGGUAUCCAAAAUCAGUGUGCCAGGUGUGAACAGAAGGGACACUCAACGAAAGAUUGUGAUCAGUGAGCUUUUAGAAAGCAUCCAGGACGUUGAAAGGGAGAAUGCCCCAGAUGCCAAUGGUGUAACGUCUUACCGACAAGUGAUUGGAGUGGUGGGUCAGUCUGUCACGCUACCCUGCUUCUAUGAAGGAAAAGUCACAUCCAUAUGCUGGGGCCGAGGGAAAUGUUCUUGGAUAGACUGCAGAAAUACCGUUAUCAGUACUGAUGGAUACAAAGUCACUGAACAGAAGAAUGAACGUUAUAAGUUCAAAGGAGAUAUUGGUAAAAGGGAUGUUUCUUUGACCAUAGAGAAUGCAGUCCUUUCUGACAGUGGCUUGUAUUGUUGCCGUAUUAAAAAAUGGCUUUUCAAUGACGAAGAAAACAUCAUAAAGUUGACUAUAAAGUCAGCUCCACCUACGACAACAGUGAGCCCCAGUACCACUUCUGAAAGCCCAAGUACUACCAAUAUUCCAAGGACCACCUACACCACUCCUCCAACAAGGAACACCACAAUUCCAGAAAGGAACAGCACUACCACAGUAGUCACGGAUACUCAUAUGACAACGGGGGCCUCUACUUCUGCUCUUCCAAUGCCAACACCCACAGAGGACCACAAGCCAGCUCCACCUACGACAACAGUGAGCCCCAGUACCACUUCUGAAAGCACAAGGACCAGUAUUACCAAUAUUCCAAGGACCACCUACACCACUGCUCCAAAAAGGAAGACCACUAUUCCAGAAAGGAACAGCACUACCACAGUAGUCACGGAUACUCAUACGACAACGGGGGCCUCUACCUCUGCUCUUCCAAUGCCAACACCCACAGAGGACCACAAGCCAGCUUCUUCAUCUUCUCCCACGCAGACUACAAGAACCCGGUCUACCUGCCCACAUAAAACAAAUGUAACGCACUCACCAUGGCACUCUACCACCUCAGCAGGUGGGAAUAACACUGUGAUAAACUUACCAAGGGCUGUUUGCUGUAGCAUUCAAACUUCAGAUUAUGCUGGAUUUAAAAAAGAAACAAGUAUACUAAAUGAUGAGAUUGUUCUUACCUGCCAGACAGAACCAAUUUCUGUCCUUAGAGGAGGUAAAAUUGUUGAGGGUUUUACAGCACCUACUUAA